AUGGGUUUUGAGUUAUACAGAGUUGUUGAGAAAUCUCCAUGUGGUAGGUUUAUUAGAUAUGAUCAACUGUUAGGUGGUGGUGCUUACAAAGAAGUGUAUAUAGGGUAUGAUCGUGUUGAGGAAAUAGAAGUUGCAUGGAACCAAAUCGUUUAUUAUGGAGAUGAUGAAACGUUAAAAAACCCCGAAAAGUUGUUUUCUGAAGCUAUUAUGUUGAAGUCUUUAAACCAUGAAAGGGUUAUGAAGUGUUUUAAGUAUUGGUUUGAUUCAAAGUCCAAAACCCUAAACAUUAUCACUGAGUUAUUCCCCUCAGGCAGCUUGAAGAAGUACCUGUCGAUGUAUGAUAAUGGCGUUGGCGUUGAUUUAGCGAGUAUCAAGAAUUGGGGGAAGCAGAUUCUUGAAGGUUUGAGCUUUCUACAUAGCCAGAGCCCAAAGAUUAUUCAUAGAGACAUCAAGUGUGACAAUGUGUUUGUUGAUAGUGAUGGGAAGCAAGUCAAGCUUGGAGAUUUUGGGUUGGCGGUUAGUCUUACGGAGGGUGAUUUCAUGAAAGAGAAAGAGGCUAAGGGUAGUCCUGAAUUCAUGGCUCCAGAGUGUUAUGACGGGGAAUACAAUGAGCUGGUGGAUAUAUAUUCAUUCGGGAUGUGUCUUCUUGAGAUGGUUACGGGUGAAUAUCCGUAUAUGGAAUGCAGCACUCCGAUACACAUAUUUAAGAAAGUGUACACCGGUAUAAAGCCUGCAUCACUCGGAAAGGUAAAGGAUUCCAGAGUGAAGGAUAUAAUCGAAAAGUGUAUGCUUCCCAUGUCUGAUAGGCCGUCUGCGGAAGAGUUGCUGAAGGAUCCGUUCUUUCUAUACAAUGGUGGAUUAUCGACGUUGGAGGCUUGUGCUCCCGCUGCCAGUUUUCUUAGUAGUCCUCCUUUCAGGGGAUUACAUUGUUGUGCUAGGGAUAUUAGGAAUUUGUAUUUGGUGUGA